ACCCUAUCGGUUCACUUUUUGGCAUUUCUGGUUGGAAGUCAAAAGUCAAAUUUGGAGAAACUCGGUAAAGAACAAAUCCAUAAUAAUCUAAAAAAAUAUUUCGAGUGCUGGACUAUUGCAAGCUCAAGGAAAAUUAUAUUAAAAUACAAUUACCAGAACUGUAGCUUGAAAUACUACGGGCGAAGCACAGAAAAAAUCCGCAUCAUUGAAACCAACAACAACAGUGUGCCAGCGCCCUGUCUCCGACCUCGUACGAUAUCUUUAAUUACAGUAGUAACCAGCUAGUGGACCUACAAUAGAAGCGUUAAAGAGGAUUGGUAGUAAUAACAAAUAUCGAAAAAUCAAGUUAACCGCAACAUUUAAUAUUUAAGAACAAAAUACGGAAGUGAAGUGCACGGAGCAGCAACAAAAACGUUAUGAUUAAGUUGUUUUCACUAAAACAACAAAAAAAGGAUGGCGAACAGUUGGCCCGAACCGGGCAACAGAAGAAAGCAUCAGCUGCGCAACUACGUAUACAAAAAGAUAUCAACGAGCUAAACCUGCCUAAAACAUGCGCCACUGAGUUUCCUGAUCCAAAUGACUUGCUCAACUUCAAGCUCACAAUUUGCCCUGACGAAGGUUUCUAUAAGAACGGUCGUUUUGUUUUUAGUUUUCGCGUGGGGCCCAACUACCCUCACGAACCACCAAAAGUUAAAUGCGAAACGCAAGUCUACCAUCCAAACAUCGAUCUGGAAGGAAAUGUCUGUUUAAAUAUAUUACGAGAAGAUUGGAAUCCAGUGCUGACCAUCAGUUCGAUUGUUUACGGAUUACAAUUUCUCUUCUUG